GAAUCCACAGCCAAAAGCCUCUAGUUUUGUUGAGCACCUACCUAUAUAUAUUCAGAAGCAUCAAAUCUCUGGGAAUUCAAUAAACAUUAAAUUCAAGUCUUUGCAAAAGCAGUAGCCUUCUUCAACAAAUUAGAAACCUUCACAUACUUGGCCAAAGUUCAAGGUUCAAGAUUAGAAAAUGAGUUCAACAAGCAGGGCAUGGGUUACAGCAGUGAGCUUGGGAGUGGUAGAGGCACUGAAAGAUCAAGGAAUUUGUAGGUGGAAUUACACCUUGAGAACAAUACAUCAACACGCAAAGAACAAUCCAAGGACAUAUUCACAGGCCAAGAAGCUCUCUUCUCACUCUUCUUCUUUGGUUUCUACAAACAAAGGUCAAUUGAAGCAGUCUGAGGAGUCUCUGAGGAAAGUCAUGUAUUUGAGCUGUUGGGGUCCUAAUUGAAUCCUAAUAGCAGUUAAAUUCAGUGUUAUCUGUCUGUACAUAGUC